CGGUACAAUCUAUAGUUGUUGGUAUUUGGUGUACUGUUUUUCUUGUCUUGGCUACAUUUUGUGCAACGGAAUAUUUAGUAAAACCCAACGAAUACGACAGGGUUUUUUCUUUCACUAUUGAUCAUCUCAUUGAUUGUUUUGUUCCGAAAACCUAAAUAAACAUGGCCCGUCGUUAUGAUUCGAGAACUACUAUCUUCUCUCCCGAGGGUCGUUUGUACCAGGUUGAAUAUGCUAUGGAAGCUAUUUCUCACGCCGGAACUUCUUUAGGAAUCUUGGCUAAGGAUGGUAUAUUACUAGCUGCUGAGAGAAGAAAUACCAACAAACUGCUAGACAGUGUUAUUUUUUCCGAAAAAAUCUACAAGCUUAACGAUGAUAUGGUAUGUUCAGUAGCUGGUAUUACUUCGGAUGCUAACGUGUUGACAAAUUUACUACGAGUUAUUGCCCAAAGAUACCAGCUGAAUUAUGGUGAAGCAAUGCCCUGUGAGCAACUUGUUUCACACUUGUGUGACGUUAAACAAGCUUAUACACAAUACGGUGGAAAACGUCCGUUCGGGGUAUCUAUUCUGUACAUGGGAUGGGACAAACAUUAUGGCUACCAGCUUUACCAAUCUGACCCGAGCGGAAAUUACGGUGGCUGGAAAGCCACAUGCAUUGGAAACAACUCUGCAGCUGCUGUUUCAGCCCUUAAACAAGAACUUGGAGAUAAUGAGAUAACGCUGGCACAUGCACAGGAUCUCGCAGUAAAAAUCCUCUCAAAGACUCUUGAUAUGACAAAAUUGACCUCAGAGAAAAUCGAAAUGGCAGUUCUUACAAGGGAAAACGAAAAAACGGUCAUCAAAAUUCUUACCAAUACAGAAGUAGACGCUUUGAUUACAAAACAUGAGAAAGCUGAAGCUGAAGCCGAAGCGGCAAAAAAGGAAAAGUUAGCUCAGAAAGCUGAAAAAUAAAUCAAAUUUUUUAAAUUUGUUCAGUGGUCAACUUAUAGAUAAAUAAUAACGCAAAUCUAAAAGUA